UCGAUCUAGUGCUCGGUGUAUUUUUUGCCGUUCGGCACGUGCGAUUGAGUGCGUGGAUGCGAGUGCCAUGGACAUAAUGAAGCCAUUCUACCACUCAGACGCGCAUCUGAGCCUCAAUCACCACCACAAAGACUUCUGCUAUCAGCAUGACGGUUACAACAGAUCGGCCAGCAUGCAGACCGGAUUUAUCCGCGUCGAAGACGCAAUGAUGAAUUUGGCCCCGGAAAUUCCUCGGCGCACCCCCGAUUUCUACGACAGCAACACUUACGACUCCUUCCUUUCAACUUCCUCUUUGGUGUCGGACUACGGGAAUUUCAAUUUUUUCACCUUGAAAAGGACCAGCUCCACACUGGAGGAGGAGGAGGAGGAGGAGCAGCCAAGAGACACUGGGCAGAAGAAGGGCAAAAAACGGAAACGGAGCGUGCGAGCUGAGCAGCGGGUGUCCCCAACUGUAAUGAAGAAGAGACGGCUGGCGGCCAAUGCGCGUGAAAGACGCCGGAUGAACGGCCUGAAUGAAGCCUUCGACCGGCUGCGCCAAGUGAUCCCAAAUCUGGACGCUGAGAAGCAACUGAGCAAGUUUGAGACGCUCCAAAUGGCCCAGUCAUACAUCGCCGCUUUGAAGGACCUUCUGAACCUCAACCGGUAAACCUCUACAAGUGAGUGAAAUGCUGAACAAUGUUUCUAGUCGCACAUCCAAAUACAAAGGACUACUCGAGUCAGUCCCCACUGAAGGUGGGGAAUCAAGUGAGUAAUCAGGAAAAAUUGUAAAUAUAUUUA